ACCACCAACCUUCACUCUGUGUGCCAGGUCAACGGCGCAAAGAAAGUCAUCAUAUCUCUCUCCAACGAUGAAGCGCAGUCCUGCUGUGCAAGCCCCUCUCUGUUGGACCCGAUAGCCUCGUCAGGCCUUCCUACCACAAUACGCGCUUCACGCAAAGACAAACAUCUCCACUCUAACCUUAACCCUCCGCGCUGGCUUUUUCGACUCGCUGAAGUUGCACGGCAAGUUACGGGCUCUAUCCGAGUACCCUCUCUCCCACCCUUCACUAUGUCACGCUCGUCGUCAAAUUCUAUUCCGGCGACUCCGAGAGUCAUUUCACCUUCACCAACACCUUCUGAGAGUCGUGAAGGCUCGCAGGAAGGAUACUUCGGACCAGUUACAAGAUCUGCACGGAAGAAACAAGCGGUAUCUGAGGCACCUAUAGACGAGGAGAUCGAUGAGGAUGAGGAGGAUGUGAGCGCUGAGCUGAGGAGGGCAAGGUCAAAGAGUCGGAGCCCGAUGAGAGCGCGGAAGAUCUCUGGCCUUACAUCUGCAAAACCAGCAACAGAACCCGCGACGAAACCACCGAGUCUGGCGCCAAAUGGGAAUGGACAUGCGGCAGCGACAAAUGGGCACCUUUCACCUACGAGCGCCAGUUCAGGCUGGAGCUGGAGAGAUAUCAGUCGAAGCCCGAGUCCGCUUGGACUGAUCCCUAUCCACAGACAAUGGCGAUCUUUUGUCCACCGACACGAAGUACCGAGAAAAGUAUUGCACGUAUCUAUUGGAUUCUUCACUAUCUGGCUCUAUGUUUCUGGGGUUCAGACCAACGCCAUCACUCCUUAUCUAAUGUCGGCACUGGUCCCCAUCGCGGCUACAGACUAUCUACGACACAAAUACCCUUCACUAAAUAGAUUCUACGUUCGUGUUCUCGGCGCGCUUAUGCGAGAAACCGAGUAUGCUGGGUGGAACGGGGUCAUCUGGUAUCUUCUUGGUGCCUGGAUCGUGCUCGGGUUCUUCCCCAAGGACGUUGGAGUCAUGGGAAUCCUUCUUCUCAGUUGGUGUGAUACAGCGGCUAGUACAAUCGGACGAGCGUAUGGACGUUAUACGCCGCGGAUCAGACGCGGAAAGUCGUUAGCCGGUUCUCUGGCGGCAUUUGCUGUUGGUGUGAUCACUGCAGCUGUGUUUUGGGGAUGGUUAGCACCACGAACUGGCCCUUUUAUCGAUGACAUCGACUGGCCGUUCAUGUUUACUGGAACCUUGAGCUUACCAGCUGCGGUCAGAAACACUCUCGGUUUGAGCCUUGAUAAAGCUAGCAUCUCGGAUGGGUGGGCUUUGGGAGUAAUGAGUUUAUGGACAGGAUUUGUGGCAUCAGCAAGUGAGGUUGUUGAUAUCUUCGGAUGGGACGACAAUUUGACGAUACCGGUUCUCAGCGGGAUAGGGAUGUGGGGAUUCUUGAGGAUCUUUGGCUAGAUGGACAUGAGUAAUUGCCCGAGGGCUAUACUGGAACUACAGGAGAUUAGGCGUUUGGUGGCACAUAGCGCACACUAGAGUAAAUCCAAAUACAGGAAUAAUGGCCCCCCUCUCCGGUACUCCACAGCACCCGCUCAACUGCAGAAGCAAAAGCAGAGGCAGAGGCAGAGGCAUGUGGAGAUUCGCUGGUCAUGCAGCAGAUUUUGAUCCGACUCUGCUUACCUGCCUACGGAAUGAGCAUGGAUAGGGAAAUCGGCCAAGGAGUGUCUUCCGAUCUGCCAGACUGCCUUGCCUUUCCAAGAACGACGCUUUUUUCGCCUUAUGAGUGCCAUUGGUUCCAAAGCUGUCCAUUCACAGCCCUGCCCUGCCCUGUAACGUUCGGCUGCGACGCUGCGCACCGCACCGUUAGAAUCGCACAGCGAACGGAGACUUGCCUGCGGGUUCUUUUUCUUCUUCUUGCUGCAGAGGAUUCUCCCGGUAUUCGGAGACAUGGUAGGCAUAACAAGGUAUCAGUUAAAUGAGUGUAUGUGUGCUACGGUCAAUCUUAUAGCGUAGACUAGAUGAAGAGAACGGACCACUGAGGAGGACCAGUUGUUUUGAUUCUGGAUCUGGCUUACCGAGUACCCCCUCGGACCAGGAUGUUGGGUUGUGCGUGGAUGACUGAAUACUGACACGGACAGGACUGGCCAGUCAUAAAUUUUGCUCAUUAUUAUUUUUCUCACUACAGCACCUCAGUUUAAUUCUCAAAACCACCCCACCCCUGGAGAGAUGGCUGGUCAGGUCGAGUGGAAGGCCCGCAGCUUGGGUGCAUCCUGUGAUCGAUGACUAGCAGGAGACUGGUCGAUAGUUGGGCCGUGGAAGUUCUGAAAGAGUUCGUUUGGGCAGCCCUGGAUGGGAUAUUUGGGCCAGGUCAGCCAGGUCAGCCAGGUCAAGCCCUCCAGUCUCCAUGCCCACGCCAAAUGGAGGGGUGGAGGGGUGGAGGGGAGGUGGCUCGUGGAGGGGUCGUCAUUUGGUGCAGGGGUGUUGCAGGCGCAUUUUGCAGGGCAGCCAGUGCAGCCAGCCAGCCAGCCAGCCAGCCAGUCCAAAAAUUUCGGCUGGCUCCUGGCUCCUGGCUCCUGGCUCUGGCUGUGUUUGACAACGCACAAAAAGUCGAGCAUCAUCCACUUCGGAUAUCCUCGCUCGUUCGCAUACAUACAUACAUACAUACAUAUACCGUCAA